AUGGAUGAGAAGCCUUCCACCAGGAAAGUUCCUGAAUUCUGUUCAUUACGCUAUGGACUGGCUCUCAUCAUGCACUUCUCAAACUUUACCGUGAUAACCCAGCGUGUGAGUCUGAGCAUUGCAAUCAUUGCCAUGGUGAAUAGCACUCAGCAGCCUGGUUUAUUCAAUGCCUCCACAGAAAGACCUCUUGCAUUCACCCUCAAUCGCUCCAACAGAUCCACCAAGGAGUUUAAUUCGGGAGCCUCUGUAUAUGAAUGGAGCCCAGAGACUCAGGGUAUCAUCUUUAGCUCCAUCAGCUAUGGGAUAAUACUGACUCUGAUCCCAAGUGGCUAUUUAGCAGGGAUAUUUGGAGCAAAGCAGAUGCUUGGUGCUGGUUUGCUGAUCUCCUCCCUUCUCACCCUCUUUACACCACUGGCUGCUGACUUUGGAGUGAUUCUGGUUAUUGUGAUUCGGACAGUCCAGGGCAUGGCCCAGGGAAUGGCAUGGACAGGUCAGUUUACAAUUUGGGCAAAAUGGGCUCCCCCACUUGAACGAAGCAAGCUCACCAGCAUUGCGGGAUCAGGGGCAGCAUUUGGGUCCUUCAUCAUCCUCUGCGUGGGGGGACUAAUCUCACAGACAUUGGGCUGGCCUUUUAUCUUCUACAUCUUUGGUAGCAUUGGCUGUGUCUGCUGUCUCCUGUGGUUCAUGGUGAUUUAUGAUGACCCCAUGCAUCACCCAUGCAUAAGCGUCAGGGAAAAGGACCACAUCGUGUCUUCACUGGCUCAACAGUCCAGUUCUCCUAGACGAUCUGUCCCCAUAAAGGCUAUGGUCAGAUGCCUACCACUUUGGGCCAUCUUCACGGGUUUUUUCAGCCAUUUCUGGUUAUGCACCAUAAUCAUAACUUAUCUACCAACGUACAUCAGUUCUGUGCUCCAUGUCAACAUCAGAGAUAGUGGUGUUCUGUCCUCCCUGCCUUUUAUUGCUGCCUCAAGUUGUACGAUUCUAGGAGGUCAGUUGGCAGAUUUCCUUCUGUCCAGGAAUCUUCUCAGAUUAAUCACCGUCCGAAAACUCUUUUCAUCCCUAGGGCUCCUCCUUCCAUCACUGUGUGCUGUCGCCCUGCCUUUUGUGGCUUCCAGUUACACAACAACUAUUAUUUUGCUGAUACUUAUUCCUGGGACCAGCAACCUGUGUGAUUCAGGAUUCAUCAUCAACACCUUAGAUGUCGCUCCCCGGUAUGCAAGUUUCCUCAUGGGAAUCUCAAGGGGAUUUGGGCUCAUCGCAGGAAUCAUCUCUUCCACUGCCACCGGAUUCCUUAUCAGUCAGGAUUCUGUGUCUGGAUGGAGGAAUGUCUUUUUCCUUGCUGCUGCUGUCAACAUGUUUGGCCUGGUUUUUUACCUCACAUUUGGACAAGCAGAAAUCCAGCACUGGGCCAAAGAGAGGACUCUUAGCCGUCUCUGA